UGCCGUGAUAUUCGAAAUGUGUUUAUCCCACCUGAGGUCUGAGGUUAAUGUAACUCCCAGGUAUUUAUGUUGUUCAACUUUAGUGAGUGGUAUGCCGUUAAUCUCAUAUGUAAAGUUAGAUGGUCUUGUUUUCCUUGUUACGGUCAUGACCACAGACUUUUUUACGUUAAUUGACAUUUGCCAAUUAGAGCACCAAAUAGCUAGAGUGUUGAGGGAUGUAUUAAGUGCGAUGUUAUCGUUAUAAUUAGUGAUUUCACUAUAGAUAACGCAGUCGUCGGCGAACAGUUUUAUAUUACAACCAAUGUUAGCUGUGAUGUCAUUAAUAUAGAUUAUUAAGAAGAGUAAUGGCCCAAGAACUGAGCCUUGGGGAACUCCGGAAGUAACGGUGACAGUGUUAGGUGGCAUUUUUUCGUAGGUUACAAAUUGUGAACGAUUGGCUAGAAAUUCUUUUAUCCAGGCUGAAAGGAGCCCUUUCCCAACAACACUUUCAACUUUAGCGAUUAAUUUGUUAUGGCAUACACAAUCAAAUGCCUUAGAUAGAUCAAGUAAAAUCAUGUCAGUCUGGCCGCGGUGAUUGAUAGUAUAUGCAAGAUCGUGGACUAGUUCUGUUAGUUGGGUUAUUGUUGAUAAACCACUGCGAAAACCAUGUUGGUAGGGAGACAAGAAGCCAGUGCUCUCUAGAAAAACCAUUAUGUGCUUUAAGAUUAUGUGCUCUAGAAGCUUACAGGAUGUACUAGUUAAUGAAAUGGGUCUAAAAUUUGAAAUUUCUGCUGUGUCGCCUGAUUUAUGGAUAGGUAUUAUCUUUGCAAUUUUCCAGUCGUUCGGUAGCUGUGAAGUCGUGAGUGAUUUACGAAAAAUUAUGCCGAGGUAUCUACUGCACCAUUCCGCAUACCUUUUCAGAAAGUCGUUAGGUAUGUUGUCAGGACCGCUGCCUUUUUUAGGGUCAAGAUUAAGCAGAAGAUUAAGUAUGCCAGCGUCCGUAAUGUGUAAUUCGCCAAUGCUUACGCCCUGUCUCGUUAGAAUGGGGGGAAUAAUGUUAUUGUCUGUAGUAAAUACUGAUUGAAAAAAAAUGUUAUAUACGUUGGCUUUCGCAGUUUCUUCCUCUGGGCUUAAGUGGGACGCUUCUCCAUCAUUGGUGCGAAAGUGCCUCCAGAACCUUCCGGGAUUAUUACGCCCGUCUCGUGCUUCUGAAAAGAGCUUGCGGUAUUGGCGUGAACAGACAGCGUUCAUCACUUGUGCAUGUGCAACACAUUGGCGGAGGCAAUACGAACUGCAUUUCUCACUAGCUGGACAAGUCAGAAUGGCAAUGCACCUUGGAGAACAAGACUCGAAUUGUGAAAGUCUGGUGGUUUCACAGAACUUUGUUUUAUGUCAAGAUGGGCUGACACCAUGUCACCUGAUGCUGUCACUCUCUGGAAAUGCCUAUUUUCUGCCUGCCCAGGAGGAGCUCCAAGCAAUAAUCACAGAUCAAAACGUCUGAUUGUGGUAUUCACCCAUUUCUAAUGUGCCAUCUUUAACAAAACUUUCUUGUCGAUUUUCAUAUGCUUUACCGCAUAACACGGAUGUAUUGCGGCGAAGCUGACUUUGGAAAAUUGGUUGCAAUGUGCAACACAUUGGACCCUUGUCCGUUUUUUUUAAAACAAAAAUUGUGUGCGCAUUUGAUUUCUGUUUCAUUUUAGGGGCUUUUGUCCUUUCUAUGCUAGUUUACACUUUGGACACACAGACAGCUGGCGUGUGUUUCACUCUGGGGCAUGUUAGAAUCUGUACGUAAACCAUGGCAAA